UUUUAUUGGAAGGAAGCUAGACAUUUAUUUUGAUCGUUUUGUAGUUUUAUCUUCAAAAUGUUUAGUUCUAAAGGUUCAUUUGACAAACUUGUAGAUAAAGCAACUAGUCAGUUAUUACUGGAACCUGACUGGGAUGCAACUCUUCAAAUCUGUGACUGCAUAAGACAAGGUGAUGUGACACCCAAAUAUGCAGUGACAGUUGUAAGAAGGAAAUUACAGGAUAAAAAUCCUCAUGUAUGUGCAUACGGAUUACAUGUUUUGGAGUCAGCAGUUAAAAACUGUGGAACACUGGUCUAUGAGGAGGUUGCUACAAAAUCUUUGAUGGAUGAAUUUAGGGAAUUAACAAAGACUGGCAGUGAUAAAGUUAAAAACAAAAUACUGGAAUUGAUUCAAGCCUGGGCGCAUGCUUUCCGCAAUGAACCCAAUUUGAAAAUUGUAGAAGAUACCUACCAUCUUAUGAAAAUGGAAGGUUACAGUUUUCCCCCGUUGAAAGAAAGUGAUGCUAUGUUUGCUGCUGAUAAGGCACCAGAGUGGGUGGAUGGUGAAGUGUGUCAUAGAUGUAGAGUAGAAUUUGGAAUGAUGCAGAGAAAGCAUCAUUGUCGACACUGUGGCCAAGUAUUCUGUAACAAAUGCACCUCAAAGUCAUCUACAAUACCAAAGUUUGGCAUUGAAAAGGAAGUUAGGGUCUGUGAAGCGUGCCAUGAUAAAUUGAACAAGACUGGAGGAGCUGCAUCUUCAGCGGAAGGAGAUCUACCAGCUGAAUAUCUAGCCAGUCCACUGGCACAGCAAUCACAGGUUCCUGCCAAGCGAAGUGAAAUAGAAUUACAGGAGGAAGAGGAACUACAACUAGCAAUGGCAUUAUCAUUGGAUGAAGCUGAGAACCGAGAUCGUAUUCGAAAAAACAAUAGAAGUACUGUUAGUUCAACUAUUUCAUCAUCACCGCCUGCUUCAACACUAUAUUCUUCAACUUCAACAACUUCCCAGCAAGACAUGGAUCCUGAGCUCGCACGUUAUUUAAAUCGAUCCUACUGGGAGCAGAAACAUGACGAACAGAAAACUGCUCCAUCCGCACCAACUAGUGCUGAAAUUACGCCAGCCACUGCCCCACCAAUGUCUGGAUCCUCUCAGACACAGCCUGCAUACUCAUCAUCUGGAAAAGUAUCUGAACAGUAUCCCAGUGAUAAUGGUGAACAUGAACAAUUCCUACAGACGUUAUCAACAAACAUUGAUGUGUUUGUGAACAGAAUGAAAAGUGAUUCCCAGAGAGGUCGUAGUAUUGCUAAUGACACGUCAGUACAAGGAUUGUUCCAGACCAUCACCACCAUGAAUCCAGAGUUGUUGAAAAUUGUUGAUGAUUUGGAAGACAAAAGAAACUACAUGGAGUCUUUACAGGACAAGUUAGCUCAAAUACGGGAUGCAAGAGAAGCGCUGGACGCUCUGCGGGAAGACCACCAAGAAAAAAUAAGAAGAGAAGCAGAAGAAGCUGAAAGACAAAGACAGAUCCAAAUUGCACAGAAGUUGGAAAUAAUGAGGCAAAAGAAACAGGAAUACCUCGCUUAUCAGAGGCAGCUAGCCAUGCAAAGGCUACAAGAACAGGAACGUGAGUUACAGAUGAGAUUGGAACAGCAGAAACAACAACAGCAAAUGAGGCCCGCCCACUACACUGCUCAAUAUGCCCCACAGGGACCACCCAGUCAGCAGUACAAUCCACCCCAGCAGACAUUCUCCCCUCCAAACUCAAUGCAGAACUCACCUGUGCACUCGUAUAAAAUGGCACAACAGCCAGCACCAGGUACUUACAUGGAGCAAUCAGCACAGGCACAAGUUAAUGGUGUCAACCAAGGUCCAGCUUACACCCAACAAAACCAGUAUCAACAGCCCCAGCAGAACGUCUCCUACGCUCCACCUCAAUCCCAGCAGUAUCCGCCCCAAGGUCAAUAUCAACCACCUCAACCCCAGUCAACAUCUAGUUUCAGUGCCCCCUCCUCGUUAGACUACAACUCGGCUACAGUAGAGUAUUCGCCUCAUUUUGCUGAAUACCAACAACCGAAUGUUUACAACAUGCAAGGCAUGGCAAAUUCACUGCCGCAAUUGAACCAGGGUCAGCAACCACCACCACCUGAACAGCAGCUGCAGCAGCAGCAACCACCACCCCAAUCCCAGCAGCAGUAUGGAAUGCCUCAGCAAGGACAAGGCAAUGUGUAUCCCCAGCAGCCACCAAUGUCCGGUCCAGCACCUCAACAAUCUUACAUGCAAGAGGCUCAGCUUAUAUCUUUUGAUUGAUUACUAUUUCUUAUUGUCUCCUUUUUUCGUGCAAUCUGACAAAUACCAUGGAUGUGUUAUAUAACACUUGGUAAUAUUGACAAGCAGUGAAUGGAGAUACAAAAAUGCUUUUAAAUUAUCAGACAGAUUUCACACUCAAUCAUAAAAAACUUCAUUAUUGUUAACUAAAUGAAUGACAGCUGUAUUUCCCUAAAAUAAAAGGUACCGGUAAUUUAUGAUGAUAGUGUCAAUAUCUCUCAUGCUUUGAGAUUCAGCUUGUUAAUGAUUCUGCCAUGGAUUAUAUAUUUAUUGGCAUCAUGGAUCAAGAUUCUCUACAGUGCAUAACUGGGUAGUGUUUCAACUUAAAUAGUGUAAAUAAUGAAAUCUGUCACAUCAAAUGCUGUUUGUAGUACUUUUUGCAGAUGGUGCUAGAUUUUACCUUUAUUUAAAAUCACUGUUCCUCUAAUUAGCAUUGGUAUUUUAUAUUAUUCUGAGUCUUUAUGUUUCGAUGUCAUUUUUAAAAACCCAGCUUUCACUUCAAGUGAAUUCUAACAACCACUGUUU